AUGUCCUCUUUCUCAUCUGUCAAAUCCUUACUUCUUGCUGGAUGCCUGUCGGCAUCUACCGCUUUUGCCAGUCUUCAAUGGUCACCCUGUUCUUCAAAUCCAGCGUUGGAUUGCGCAACCCUCCGAGUGCCGCUUGAGUAUGCCGAGCCGUCAGAUCAGAGGUCUGCCUCUAUUCCGCUUGUUCGAUACAAGGCCACGGUAGCCACAUCCCAGCACAAAGGCUCGCUUCUCACGAAUCCUGGUGGCCCUGGUGCGUCCGGUGCCUCCUUCGUCCUGAACGGCGCUGGGAAGGCAAUCUCGAAUAUCACCGGAGGGUCUUACGAUAUAAUUGGGUGGGACCCACGCGGCGUGGGCUCUGCUCAACCUGUCCUGCAAUGUUUUGCUAGUGCGGGAGAGGAGUACAAAGCGUCCAACGAGCUUCCAUCCGCGGCAGAGGUGGCAUACGGCCAAUUCAGCAACCAAUCCUACAUGCCCUCUUACAACGCUGCGAUGCAGGAGUUUGACAGUAAGACUGCACCACUUGCCGCCGCAUGUGCUUCUUACAAUUCGACAGCUUUGUACACGUCUAGCGCGGCUUACGUCGUUCGUGACAUGGCGGCUAUUGUCGAUGAAUUGGACGGCAAAGAUGCCCCUUUGAACUACUGGGGUCUCUCUUACGGGACCAUCUUUGGGGUAGAAUUUAUUCAGACCUACCCGGAGAGGGCGGGAAAGAUCGUCCUGGAUGGCGUCUUUGAUGCUACAGCCAAUGCUGAGACCUAUGUCGCCCAGCUUCCCAAUGACCAACUCUCCGUGCGGGAUGCUAUCAACGAUAUGGUGUCGUUUUGCGAACAAGCCGGCGCAGCUGGCUGUGCUCUUAGUGUCCCUCCCGCAAAGGUGACUGCCGACCUGACCACACGACUUGCUAAUUUACAAGACUCACUCUAUGAACAUCCCAUUGCGGUCUCGCAAGGGUUCUCCAUCACUGUUGGCAUCUUCAGCUCAUUCAUGUGGUCCUUUUCCCGAGUGCCGACCACUUGGCCCCUUAUCUCCUCCGUUAUCAGCGCCCUUGAGCAAGGAGAUGCGACUCCAAUGGUCGCCAUCCUCAAUGCAACUGCUGCCAGCCCGCCAGGCAAUCCCAGUGCGCCAGACACCGGGUCUCUAGCCGAAUGGCCUCUGCAAUGUGUAGACAAUGCGCCGUCAAGUGGCAUCACAUUGGCGGAGGUCGCUGCGCUAGUACUCAAAGUUUCUCUCAGCGAGGGUACCCCUUGGCUGAAUGCUGAUGUGACUCCCCUCUCCUUCUGCCGCAACUUUCCGGACAUCCGCCCGAGAAUCCCGAACUUGGGAGCCUCGAAACUCAGCAACGCAAACUCCAUCCUCACUCAACGAAACGCCACAGUUCUGAUUGUGAAUGGUGAAAAUGACCCGGUGACUCCGUUGGCCUCUGCGAAGCGUUUGCAGAGUCAACUUCCUACCGCGUCCCGGUUGGUGACCAGACGAGGCCCAGGCCAUACAACAAUCAGCGUUGCAUCGUUAGGGCUAGUAGAGACCAUCCGCACCUACUUCAUCGACGGUACCCUCCCAACCAGCGCUGCUUACGACCUCAGUCAGCUGGUAUUCUCCUCGGCAAUUGAUGCCGGGAAAUUGGCCCCUGCUCCGGUGUUCAAUGGGACAUACAGUGAUGCCGAACUGACUCUAUUGAACUCCACAUAUAAUAUUUUGUUGGCGUUCCUCAGCCUGGCAUAA